AUGUCAUUUCUGCAAAGGUUUGCGGCAGGCACCAAGAGUCAUGUUCGAUCAUUGGGUGUUUGGCAAGUUGCCGGAAGACCACGAGUAGUCGUCUCAUCCUCUCGCGGUUUUGCAUCAGCAAGGGAAAAACUACAAGCCGUCAUGGAGGAGUACCGGAAGAAAAAUUACCCACAAGAACUGCCGUCUAGGUUUGCAAAAGAAGUGACUGCAGCAGCGGAUACGGAUGGUGACGGUUUUAUUAGCGUGGCAGAAAUUGAACAGUUGCUGGAGAAUAUUGGGGCCAAAAAUGUGCUUACACACGAGGAAAUCGCCGAGUUGAUGGAUGAAGUGGGUUCCUUGGAAGUUCCCAAAGGAGUACCAGUUGAAGAUGCUGUGGCUUUACUCAAACAAGUUGCGAAACCUGGAACUGCCUAA